AUGCAACCACUAUCUCUUAAAUCUCUCCUACAAUUCGCUCUUCCCAAAGAUAUCUCCUACCUGCUUCUUCACUUGAAAUCCUUUCCAAAAGAAUCCCCAAACAUUUUCACAACUAACGAUUCUACUUCUCAAAACCAAUUAACCAUCAAAUCUCACAAUCUAAUCACUCUCUCAGAGAACACAAAAACAAAAGAUAACAACAACUCAAACAGAAUCUUUUUUGCUAUAGAAAUAUACAUCUACAUUAUUCUAAAUAAAAACUACAUCUCCUCCCUAUCCACCACAACCACAACCACAACCACAACCACAACCACAACCAACAAUAACAAUAACAACAAAAUUCAAAAAAUCAUUUACAUCUCAAAAGUAGAUAGCAAUGGCUACAACAAAAAUAAAAUAAAAAUAAACCCAAUAAUCCAAGCAAUCAUAAUCUACUUCUUAAACUACGAUUCCAUCAACAACUACCUCCACUUCUACCUUCCAAAAUUCCAAUUUCCAUCUUCUUCCAACUCAAUCUACAACGAUUCCCUAUCCAUAAAACAAAAACUAAACCUACUAAUCGACGAAAACAAUUCAUCAACAACCUCCAACCAUGGCAGAAUAGCAUUCAAAUCCCUAGCUUACUACUCCCUCUUACCAACCUCAAACUUCAAAAUCAUCAACAAACUAAUCCUCUUCACCAGAUCUGAAAAAUCUUACCUCUUCCCAAACUCCUUUAAAAACGAAAAAAAACACAUCUUGUCUCAUUCUAACCUAUUCAAAUGGUGGAUUAAUCUAAUCUAUAACCUCUAUAAAAACCCAAUCUUCCCACUUUCCCCAGCUUCCUUGAAUCUAAACAUCGAUAUCCCAGGUGAAGAUAUAAACAUGAUUAAAAAAUUCAUCCCAAAAGACUUACUAUUCAAUAUAACCAACAACAUUCCAAACAUAAAUAACAAUGUCAAAUUGGAUUUUCAAAUUGGCUCAAUUUUCAAUCCAAAUAUUAUCAACAAUAAUGAUAAUGAUAGUCACAAUCACAAUCACAAUAAAUUUUUAAAUAACUGCAAAAACUUGAAUCUUAAAAAUUAUAAAGCAAAAUACUAUAUCCCUCUUUUACCCGAUGACCCUAAAGCCAGAUUCUUAGAGCAUUUAGUACUAGAAAACAAAAGAAUUAACGAUAUUGACUUGUAUCAAUAUUGGAACGAAUUGGCCUUUAGACAAGAAUUUAGAUUUGGUUUCAUUGUGGGCUUUAUCGGUUUAACCUCAAUUCAAAACACCAACACCAACACCUAUAAAAAUGAUAAUAAAAUCACCACCAAAAACGAUAACAAAUCCAAAAUUGAAACUGAAAUUGAUACUCAAGUCAAAAAUGAUAUCCAAUUUUCAAUCGACGAAUUCAACAUCCCAACUAUAUCAAUCCCUUCUCACUAUUUCAAAAUAAACAACUCAAACGUUAAUGAUCCAAUUCGUCACAAACAAAUUUUUUUAUCCAAAUCAUACAAUAAUAUCAAUUACUCCAUUCAUUUCAAAUUAGAUGAUAUAAAAUUAAAUAACAUUUUCAACGACGAAAUCUUCCUAACUAAAAAAUAUUUCCAAUUCUUAAAAGGCUAUAUAGUUGGUGAAGAUUAUUCAACUGAAAUCGGCUCAAUUGAGGCCUUUAAUAAUUUAAAUUACAUUUUUUUAAAUAACUUCAAUUCAAAAUAUAAUAAUAAAAACAUUCAUAAUGAAAACAUUUAUAAUAAAAACGUUUCAAAAAAGUCAUUGGUAACCUAG